UACAACAGCGCUGAUAUGGGCAAACGCGUGAUCUUUCUCUCUCAGACUAAAUACCGCGAGGUACAUCCCGGGGAUUGCAGGAAAUAUUACAUUUCUCCCGAACAAUAAGAGUUUCUUUUAGCGGAGUGCAAAGGCUGCUGGACUCAAAUUGGAGGCAGCGGCGCGCGCACCAAACAAAUGAACGUGCCUUUUUGUCCACGCGCUCAGGAGCGUACAUUCUACUGGCGCAGCACUGAAUAAGUAUUGUAGCGGUAGGUGAUUGAUAAGGCAAGUGUUUCCAACCCAGACAGACACGUUUUCAUAAGGCACAGCUGGUUGCGCUGGCGUGGACUCUUUUUUUUUUUGCCAUCAUUUGUUAGACAGAAGUCAAUUUAUUUCUGCGUAUUCCAAGCGACUUCUUGGAUUCUGGAAGGCUGUCCGAAGGGGAGUACAGCAGCGGCUGCAGGACCAAGCCGGGAAUGCCAUUUGUUCACGAGCAGCAUAGACGAGCUUUGUCGCGCGGUGUUUUUUACCCGGGGACAGGUGUCGUUGUGUACGUUGGGGGUUAUUUGUUGGGGGUUUGGACACAGUUGUCUUAAGGAUGUCAGAUCAGGGAUCAGAUCUGCACAGAGACAGGUGCGAUAGAGAGGAGUAGAUUUCACGCGGACCCCUCCUCUCAUCUUCUCCUCUCAGUCAUUCUGGAUUAUAGUUCCGAGGAGGCGAGUCAUUCACAGAGAACCGGGCUCACCGUUGCUGUUAUCGUGCCGGAGCUCCACUACCAUGACGACUGUGGCCAAACCUUUCAUCGGGCUCUUCUGGCUACUGCGGUUGGUGUGUGCGGUCUUCCCCGAGGAACCGGGACCUCUGAACUUCAUCCCUACUGAAGUGGUAAGAAGGCAUCCUGUGUUUCUCGGACGACCCCAUCGCUCAUCCCUCAGACAGGAGCCCUUACACAUUCAGAGGAUUCUGCAGGUCAACCGAACCCUUUAUAUCGGAGCCAGAGAUGACCUUUUCCGAGUGGAGCUGGACAACGUGGUGGGAGAGGAGAUGUUUUACAGCAAGAAGAGGACAUGGGAAUCCAACAAAAAUGACAUCAGAAUCUGUAGAAUGAAGGGAAAACAUGAGGAUGAGUGCCGUAACUACAUGAAGGUUCUCCUCAGUCGGCAGGGUGGAUUGUUUAUCUGCGGGACCAACGCCUUCAAUCCCUUAUGUGCCAAUUAUACAGGAGACACUCUUGAGAUGGUGGGUGAAACCGUCAGUGGGAUGGCUAGAUGCCCAUAUGACCCGAAACAUGCCAACGUGGCUCUGUUUGCAGAGGGGAAUCUCUACACUGCGACAGUGACUGAUUUUCUGGCCAUUGAUGCCGUGAUCUACAGGAGUCUGGGGGACAAUCCCGCCCUGCGCACGGUGAAACACGACUCCAAAUGGUUUAGAGAGCCGUACUUUGUGAAUGCUGUGGAAUGGGGGCCGCAUGUCUACUUCUUUUUCAGAGAGAUGGCCAUGGAGUUCAACUAUCUGGAGAAGGUGGUUGUGUCUCGCGUAGCACGCGUGUGCAAAGCCGAUCAGGGCGGUUCGCAGCGCGUGCUCGAAAAGCAAUGGACGUCCUUCCUGAAAGCUCGGCUUAACUGCUCAAUACCAGGAGACUCGCACUUCUACUUCAACCUCCUGCAUUCCACCAGUCCUAUCAUCCGCAUGCAUGGCAGGGAUAUCAUCCUCGCUGUCUUCUCUACACCCUCCAACAGUAUUCCUGGCUCUGCAGUGUGUGCUUUCGACAUGGAGCAGCUGGCCGGAGUGUUUGAUGGAAGAUUUAAAGAGCAGAAAUCGCCCGAGUCGAUAUGGACACCUGUUCCAGAUGAGGUUGUGCCCAAACCGAGGCCGGGUGGUUGUGCCGUACAAGGCACGAAGUUCAACUCCUCCAACUCCUUCCCUGAUGAUAUGCUAACUUUUGUCAAGACCCAUCCGCUGAUGGAUGAAGCCGUCCCAUCGCUCGGUCAAAGACCAUGGAUUGUUAGGACCAUGGUCAGAUACCAGCUCAACAAAAUGGUGGUGGACACAAAUGCCGGUCCCUAUGGCAACCAGACAGUCCUUUUUCUGGGUUCCAGCCGAGGGACCAUCCUCAAAUUCCUCGUUACCCCUAACAGGGAUAACACUGUGACGAACAGCAACGUGUUCCUCGAGGAACUGGAAGGCUACAACCCAGACAGGUGUGGGACGGACUCUCCUCAGGCCAGGCAGCUGCUAUCUCUCACGCUGGACCGCAUCAGUCACAGCCUCCUACUGGCUUUUCCCUCUUGUGUGAUCAAAGUGCCUGUAGCACGCUGCCAGCUCUAUUCCCGCUGCAUGAAAAACUGCAUCGCCACACGGGAUCCCUACUGCGGCUGGACCAAAGGAAGCACAUGCUCUUUCCUCCGUGCAGGUACCAGGCUUCCCUUCGAGCAAGACGUCGAGCACGGGAACACUUCUCACUUGGGCGACUGCGACGGUGUUCAGCAUCUGACUUUCACAGAGGAACCAGAUGGCUUGGUGUCCGUGAACCUGCUGGUCGUGUCUGCAGUUUCAGCUUUUGCCACCGGGGCGGCGCUGUCGGGUCUGAUGGUCUGUUGGAUAAUGAGCCUCAAGCACCGCCAACGUUCCAGAGCCGGCGGAUCCGGUUUGGGGAGUCGGCGCAAGAGUGACAAGGAGCAAAGCGUGCUUGGACGCGGCCGCAGCGGUUCCGUGAUCAGCGUGACUCGAAUCAGCGGCAGCGAACGGCGCCACUCGCAGGUUGAGAAUCUGUUCACCAACGGCUGGCCAAAAUCUGGAGAUAUCGACCCAGGACUUCCCACUCCAGAACAGACACCUCUGCAGCAGAAACGUCCAACUCCAAACGUUCAUCUCACAGACUGUGAUUGGGACCAGAGCCAUACUUUCCUGACCCAGACAGGGACACCCUGCACGACGAACUCUGCGGUCAUUUACCUGAGCUCCAAAUACUUGCAGGGUGGCCGGCAGGAGGGAUCGGGCAAUGUCCCCCCGCAUUCAGAGCGGCAGCGGUACCUUAUCCUCUCCCACCCUGCGAAUCAGCGGGAUCAGGGCGGGCAACCAACCGCCCCGCCUACCCGCAACUCUACCGGUGAAUACAACUAUCCGACGACACCUCAAGACUCCCCUGACCGCAGGAGGGUGGUGUCGGCUCCUACCACGACCACGCAGACGGACUAUGGUGAACAUCUGCGAUGGUCCCGCGACGGGCUCAACUUCAAUAGCAACAACACGACUCCUUCUGGCCACCACCCGUAUCCGAUACAGCCGCGUACUAACGCAGCAUUAGUACGGCCAGGUCACCAUACCCAGCGGGGGCACAAUGAGCUACAGGACUACAGCCACCUGCUGGUGAAAAGUGUAAGUGAGCGCAACCCUAAUGGCCAAUGAGUGGUCCCAUCACCCCCAAGACUUAGGCUCCUUCUGUAAUCCUGCCCUUCCUGUCCUCUCUCACUGCCAUCCAGUGUCUUUCAAGUCCCCCACCAGUGGCUCUAGAACUACAGAGAGUGAGAGAAUAAGAGCGUUGAUGGUGUUAAAGCUGCUGAGGGUUGACGCCACUUAGCACGUUUGCGGCUUCUAUCACGCCCUGUCUAAUGAAACGGAAGGAUCGCUUGGGAAUAACGGAUGUGAUGGGUGAUGGGAAGUGAAACACAUAAUCAUAGUCCUGCGAAUGGGUAUGUUGACUGUUUAGCAUACCGAAGCGGUCGCGGAUUGUCUCUCUGUAAUCUCACGCCCUGUAAACCAUUCAAUGGAAGUGAUCCGUUUCGUUUUCACCUCUUUCUUGCUUUACGUUUGAGCCUGUGGAUGCUUCUUUUGUGUGCGUCCCGGGCCUUUGCAGACAAGCUCAAACUUCCUUUUGUCUGUUUUGCGUGUGUGUAUGUGAGCCGCGCCAAAAUGUGCUUGUCGACAAGACUCGAUGUGAACGCAAAAUUCACUGUAGUUUCGUAAGUGAUCUGAUGUCAAAUGACUGACUACCCCUCCCUCCCUUACCUAUUAAGUGUCAGGAAGCAAUCAAGAAAACUGCCAUGUGACUUUAUCGAAAGACUUGUGUGCUGGAAUAUCAGAUGUAAAUGAGUGAUGGAGAAGAGCAUUCGCCAAAAAUCAUGGAUUAAUCUACCCAUGCUUUCUGGAAGCACUGUGGACAUGACUUUAUAUUGUGUAAAGACCCAAUUAUUUUGGGGGUUUAUCUUUAAAACUAAGAUAAGUGCGUUUUUGUCCCCUACACAUGUUAGAAUUAGAGCAGAGCAUUUGCAACACUUUCUCUUUCUUUUACUCGGGCUGGCUUCGUUCUCUCUGCAGUCCAUUGAGUCAAAUGUGAGCUCGGUUGUCUGGGCUGGGCCGGGCCACUAGGGAGCUGCAUUCUGAGUGUCUCACUGACACUGGGUUUCUUUGUGCGGCCCAGUCAGACAAGACCAUCCCGACAACAAAUAGCCGUUAAGAGUCAUGGCCUAGCCAUCAGCCAAGCCCAGGAGAAUCUCAAUGAGGAGCCAGACAGAUCGGACCACUCUGGGUCCCCCUUCACUGCCAGCCUUCAUAAGCCACACUGAAUCAGACGAAUACAAUGUUACAUUUAGAUGGAAAGUAAAAAAAAUUCAAACCCACUGGGCUCCCGGUGGCUCUGUGCCCACUUCAGCCAUUGUUCAGUUUCCUCUGGCUCUCUUUGGAUUUCUGUUUGUUUGUUUCAGGGUUGUAAACCCCACGAGAGGCAUGAAAGAAAUAGUGUACUAUUCAAUUCAUUCACCUCUCUGUGAACAACGUUUUCUCUGCUUUCUUCCCAUGGGGUACCAGUAAUUCACCUAGCAUUACCCGAGUGUGUCCACUAGAGGGCAGUAAUACACAUUACAGGAUUUUUCUACUUAGUGCUCAAUGGACCCUUUUCACAGUGUGAGAUGAGUAAUUAAGAGUAACAUAAGAAUUUUUUUUCUUCAGACACGUUUAAUUGGUCAAAAGUGACACUAAAGACAUUUCGAACAAGAGCUGUUCUUUUAAAUUCCACAAAAAUAUCUACCAGCACAACUGUUUUCAACAUUGAUAAUAAGAAAUGUUUCUUGAGCACCAAAUCAGCUUAUUUGAAUUGUUUCUAAAAUAUCAUGUGACACUGAAGACGAGUACUGGCUGCUUAACAUUCGGCUGUGCUAUAUACCAGGUAUAAAUUACUUUUUUAUUUUUUAGUUUUAUUAAAUGCUAAUACUAUUUCACAAUAUUUUACAAAUGAUUUAAAAAUCAUUAAAAAAAAAUCGUACUGGCCCCCCAAUUUUAAACAGUAGUACCUGCGUUAAACCCUGUUGCAAUGUGGUUUCAAAUACGUUUUUUGAAGGAGUAGGGUCAAUCUUUCUGACUGCUGUUAUCUAUCCUCUUUUCUUUUCUUUGAGAAAGUCAUGAAAAUGUAAUAUAAAUGUUUUUAUUAAACCGUCGAAACAAAUAGUAAUGCAAAACAUUUGCUUUGGUCUCACAUGCACUUCCCUAUAAGACUACCCUGCUAUUGUUUACGUACCAAAACCCAAAAAUGUGAAAAUGGUCCAUGAGAGAGUUUGACAUGAAUUGUCUGAUGGUCCCAUAAUCAACAAUACUUCAGCACUAAGUGUAUGUUGGUUUAAAAACAGGCCGUGUUCCCAAUGAAAACACUGGUGAGUCGCGGAUAGAGAGAGAAUAUAAGAGCACAGGGUUGGAGUGCGUUCUUUUGAAUGUGGAUUGAUGAAAGCGCUGAAGCUGAACAUUUAAAGCCAUUAAUGAAGUGUAUAAUUUAUGGGUUUUAAGUGCCAAUGCAUGACUGAGUUCCAAACUGUAUAAUUACUUUACACAAUCAACAUUAUUGAUGCAGUUUUUUUAAUUGAUGCUGUCACCCAGCUCAGUUCGUUUUCAAACUUUUCCACCCUCACACAGACUACAUGCUGAAAAAACAUCUGCCCACCUAUGCACGCUCUCUUCCCGGUUCUCUCUCGGCUUUUCGCUCCGUUGCACCAUUAGGCGAAACAUUUGUGAUUACUCUAAGUCUGUCUCGGCCCUAGAGAUGAUCGGCACCCACUUGCUUACUCACAGCCAGAUUUUACCAAGCAUUCGCCUGAGUUAUGGGCAGCAAAUCAUCUUCCCGACAGCAUCCCAUAUAAGUAACAAACCAGAAACUAGCAGCAAGCGCAGGUCAAAGUUACUGUGAAACCCUGUAUGCAAUGGUUAAUUCGCACAAGAUUUUGAGGCGGUGAAAUGGAGUUAAUUUGCUGUGGCGCUCUAUAAAAUGCUUUGCCGGGGAAAAUAAAAUAAACAAGGGUUGUUUCACUGUUUCCGAUGUCGUAAUUCUCUCAAGCAAGAAAUGGAGUCAGCCAUAAACACUCUGCUAUGGAUUUGUUUGGACAGAAAUAUCUAGCUAUGUUUUAGAAAGCUCCCUACUCUCAAUUUUCCAAUUAAAAUGCUGCCUAUGAACAGUGAGGAUAGUGCGCUCCAGGCUUUCUCAUUGUCUGGGCUGUUUCUUUCUCCGCUUUGUCUUUUAAAGCCCUGAGAUUAUUAUUAUUAUUUUUUUUUGACAGCCCCCCAGCCACAACCUGCCACAGCUAAUGGGCCACCCGACGAAAUGCGCAAACACAAAAAAAGUGGUUUGUUUAGAGAUGACAUGCUUUCAGUUUGCAAAACCUGACAUCUGACAAGCACAAACAGAGUUUGAAUUUUUUUUGUAAAGUUGUAGAGAGUAUAUUAGCCAGUACUGAUAUCUUCAUUUUUAUAUUUGUUUAUUUGUUUGUUUUGUGGUAAUGUUUUAGGUUGGUUUAUUGAGUUCAUGAAAGUGAUUUGAUUUGCUUUCUGGUGUGUGAAUUUUUUUUUAAACAAUGACAAUGAUUAUUCUUCGACUGUGACCUGAAUUUCAGUGUUUGAUCCUGGUUCAUGAACUGUGCAAAGCCUUUUCUCAGAAAAAAAAAAGGAUGGGAGAUGUUUCUCCUCAAUGAAAGAGAAGAAGAAAAACACUUUUGCAAAAGAGCCAAGUCUUCUGUUAACUGUGAUGGACUUCUGAUUUGUCUCGCACCGGAGGCUGUUCGUGUUACUGGGCCCAUUGUCAUUAAAUGACAAGAGUGUCCUCUUCAGUGUACAUAAUGGUUUCAGUGCUUAAAUGUAAUUUAAGUGAACUAUCUGCAUGAACACAGCCUCGGUCUGGGGAAAACAGAGGUAGUGUGUACUUCAACACGACAUGCUACUGUGUGCCCUAUUAAAGGGUUAGUUCACCCAAAAAUGAAAAUUAAGUCAGUAAUU